CUGUUUGCGGUUAGUUUCGCGGGCUUUUUUUGACAGAUCAACUUUUAUUUACUGUGAAAAUUAUUUGUGAAAUUAAGUGAUAAAUAAGAAGUUGGCCGUUGAAACUUUAGUAUUUCAAAGAUUAACAAAUUCAUAGCAUCCUUUUUUAAAAAUUCAAUGUCUAAAAGUGUAUAACAAAUAUGACUUCACUGUUAUCUGCUGAACUUUCUGCUACUUGCAAUGCUUUAGGAACUUUUGAUAAAAAAUCUGGAAAAUAUUUAAUUGAUGAGUACACAUUAAACACAGUUAAGGAUUUAAUAAGGUAUUUAAGACGAGAUGGUGAAGAUCACGAAAUACGCAGACAUCUUGGUCAGACUAAAGUGUUACAAACUGACCUAUUGCCAAUGCUUGUGGAUCACGGAGAGAAUGCAGAACUAUUCGACGUAACUCUCAGAUUACUUGUAAACUUAACAAACCCAGCCUUAUUACUGUACAGAGAGGAAGUCCCAACAGAACGGACAGCUAGACAUAAUUACCUUCAAAUAUUAUUACAUUUACAAUCCUAUAAAGAGGAGGCUUUCACAAAAGUUGAAGUAUGGAAUAUUUUUGCUAAGAAACUGUCUAAAGUAUUGGAAAUUGACUGGUCUGAGAGAGACGAAGAUACAGGCCUCAUAAUAGAAAGGAUUUUAAUAUUAAUAAGAAAUGUAUUACAUGUUCCCGCUGACUUAGAUAGAGAGAGGAAACCUGAAAAUGAUGCCAGUGUGCAUGACCAGGUACUUUGGGGCUUAAAUCAAUCAGGAAUCUUAGACAUUAUACUGUAUAUGUCUUCGGAAAAUGAAAAACAGUAUUUCAUGCACAUACUUGAAAUCAUAUCUCACUUAUUGAGAGAGCAAAAUCCAAGCAGCCUGGCUGAUGCCGCAUUACAAAGAAGUGUUGAUGAGAAAUUAAGAGAUGAACAGGAAUUACUCUCUCUGAGAACAAUGGAAACUAAAAACAGGUUGAAUAAAGUAAAACAGUAUUCUGCAACGAGACAUUCUCGAUUUGGUGGAACAUAUGUAGUACAGAACAUGAAAUCCCUCUCAGAGAAUGAAUUGAUCAGCUUCAAACCACUAACUAAUAUAUCGCAUUUAGACUUUAGUGGAAGUAAAAAAACAAAAUUAGUGAAACCUAAAAAUAGAAGACCUGUGGAAAGUGGAUUUCUAGAAAGAAGAUCAGCAUUUGCUAUCAGAUUGUUUUUAAAAGAAUUUUGUAUAGAAUUUUUAAAUGGCUCCUACAAUCCGCUAAUGCAUUACGUAAAGGAUGUUCUUGUGAGGGCCAAAGCUCAGCAAAAUGAUGAAUCAUAUUACUUGUGGGCGGUUAAGUUCUUUAUGGAAUUCAAUCGAGGCCAUAAUUUCCAAGUUGGUUUAGUCAGCGAAACAAUGUCAGUGCCCAUGUUCCACUAUGUGCAACAACAAAUGGAAAAAUACUACGACAUGAUCAGAAUGGAGAAAAAAAAGUUUGCAGUUUGGGUCCGUAGACUCCAUUUGGCUCUGAGAGCUUAUAAAGAACUCUUAAAUACUCUACUGGCGAUGGAAAAGAGUUCCGAUCCCUCCGUUAAGGAAUCUGCAAAAGUAUUAAAAAGCAACAUAUUUUAUGUUUUGGAAUACAGAGAAUUUAUUUUGAAUAUAAUGCUUAAUUUUGACGAAAACAAGAUGCCAAGAUCUUAUUUAGUUGAUCUAAUAGAAACUGUGCAUCUAUUCUUGAAAAUGCUGGAACAUUAUUGCAAGAAAACCGGACUUGUUGUUCAGAAGAAAGUUAGGAAGAAAGCGAAAUCAAAAAAAGCUAAGCCGAAGCCGCAGCCCCGGGCGGUGCCGCCGGCGUGGGGCGCGUGGGAGGAGGCGCGGGCGCAGGCGGCGGUGGUGCUGCGCGCCCAACACCACCACCCGCCGCCCUUCGACGCCGCCUCCGACAAACCCAUCGACCAACAACGGGAAGACUGUAUGAAGAACAUACAAAAGCUGAUGCGUUCGUAUAAAUUUGAAGAAGCAGUUGGAAUGUUCAGAGCGGCCAGAGAAGUGUGGCCCGAAGAAGGGAUAUUUGGCGUUAGCGGGAUACCAGAAGAUGAAGAACUCGAUAUGUUGGAAACCAUCUACAAUACCGAUCUUGGUGUCGAAAAUGAACCUGUUCCCGCGGAUGACGAACCCCAAGACUCUGAAUACGACGAAGAGGAUGAAGAGGAGAAAACAUCGGCCAUUGUUGAAACGGAUUUCGACUUCCAAGAUUUCGUACAAAGGUUUUGUCACCCGAGGACCGUUAGUGCCUGCGUGUUGUUACUGGAGCGAUAUGAUAAAAAUUUACCUUACACGAACCAUUGCAUCGUGAAAAUGUUGCAUCGGAUAGCGUGGGACUGCAAACGACCCACCAUGAUGUUUCAAGCGACGUUGUUUGUAAUAUUCCAAAAGAUAUAUGCGAAUCCGAUGCCCCAGUUCAAGGAACUGGAGAAGUUUGCAACAUUUAUCUUCCGAAAAUUUACUGAAGUGGCUUCCAAGAGCCCAAAAGUCUUUAUCGAACUACUGUUUUGGAAAAAUUCGAAAGAUGCUUUGGAUGUUGAAUAUGGCUAUGAUCUGUACACGGAUAGCAGGGAUAAAGUGGGCAAAGGAACGUGGUCCGAGGAGCAAGAGGCGGAACUUCGUCAAUUAUACAUGGAAAAUCAAACCAACCCGCAGACGGACCAGGAUGUCAUCGACUGGAUUCUAGAGAACUUAAUAGAUCAAACUCGCACGCGCCGCUCCGUCAUAAAGCAACUCAAACAAAUGGGCCUCAUAUUCAAAGCGCCGACCAAACGCACCAACAAACAACGCGCCACCGACACACUGACAAAACAAUUCACCGACGACGAAGAUCUAUUACUCAGACAAUUAUGGGAACAAUACGGAGAUGCAACUGAUCCAAUGAACGCUAUUAUGUCGCGUAUGCCUCGCAAGCGGCCGAAGCGAACCUAUGUACAGAGGCUUCUGGAACUCAACAUCAUAAACGAUAAGAAGGAGUGUCGUAAAAAGAGACAAAACAAAUCUAACGCUAAAGGCAGUGGCGCAGACGGCGAUAAAUCGAACUCCUCGUCUGAAUCGGAACUAUCGGAUAAUUCGGAGAGUGAGGACGACCGGCGGUCGGAUUCGAACACGAAGCCAAUCAAACAAACCAAAAAAAAGGUCAAACAACCAAAUAAAACUAAAAAGAAGGAUAAAAGAAUCGAACUUAGUGCCGGCGAAAUCGCCGCCGUUCUGGUGAAAGCGGUUCAUACUGGUCUUGCGGAAGCUCUACGAUGGCUAGCAGAGAGUUUGGAAGAGGUCGCUUUAGAUCAGGAGGCAGAGGGAUACGAUCCAACAGCAGAGGGAACACCUCUUGUACCCAUCUCCAAGGAGGCCGUGGAAGCCAUGGAAAAUGGGUUGUUUAAAAAAUUACUUCAUGGUGUAGGCGUGGUCCCGCCCAGUGACGAACAGGAAAGCUAUUGGAGGAUUCCGAGUGAUUUACAUUUCGAAACAAUAAGGAAAAGACGUGAAAUCAUUAUAAAAGCUGUUAACGGAGAACUUGUGGUGGAACCAACGGCCGAUGUGCCUUCUGAUAACGAACCCGUUGCAAAUACUUCUGAACAAAAUAAGAAUUCAAAAGAUGAAUCAAGUGAUGAUGAAGAUUUAUUUGACAAUCUAAGAAAGUUGCGUGAAACUAAUAACGACGUUAUUAAAUCUAUGGAACAUAAUAAUCGUAAACGUAAUCGCAGCAUUAACUCCGAUGACGAGAACAGUAGAGAGAAAAUGGCAAAGAUUAACGAAGAUGAUGAAUUGGAAGAGGAAGAUAUAUUGUCGUUUGCUAAGAGAACACUGCAGCAAGAGAACUUGCCUGAUACUGAAGAUAUUUUGAGUAACAUACCGAGAUCAACCAGCGAUAACUCGGACAAUGAGGACGAAGAUGUAGUUUUAACGUCGAAAAAUAUGAAGAAAAAGCGACGAAUUAUCAUAGAAGAAGACUCCGAUUAAAAUUUGUUGUAUUUCUAGUGUAUUUGUAUGUACAGCAUAAACUGCAAGCAUUGUAUAACAAUAUAUCAAUUGAAACCUGAAA